AUGGGUGACUUCCCCCUUCAACAAGUAGACAUGCAACUUUCGUUGCCGCAUUUCGAAGAAGCCUUUCAAUGGCUGAAGACGCAUCUUGCCCAUGUAAGAGAUUUUUUCAAAUAUGCCGAUGACCAGAACAUAUGGGAGACGGUGAACAUGGACGCUAUUUUGCGCAUUGCAGACGAAGCAGAUGACAUAGAAUGUGAGAUUGAAUACAUGUCUAGUAAUGCAACGCAUUCAUAUGUGAUGAUGUAUAGGGGCUUAAUCUUUCGCUGGCGAAUGCUUCGAAGGAUUAAAAAGAUUCAGGACAGUUUGAGAUCUAUUAUUAAUGAAGAAAUGCAAUUCAGGCUCUAUUAUGAGAAUUCAGACCUAAGCAGAAUAGCAUCAAAGAGCAAUAGUCCAAUACCUUUACAGAUGAGUUCUGUUCUCCAGGAAGAAGAUUCAUACGCUGUGGGCAUGGAGCAUAAAAUUACAGAGAUCGUGAGUGUGUUAGAAAAUCCUUCAGUAUCAGUUAUUGCUGUUGUCGGAAUGGGCGGGCUCGGCAAGGCAUUUCUAGUUCGACGCGUCUACAGGAGUGUAAAAGAAGAGUACGAUUAUUUAAUAUGGUUAAGGGUUUCUAGGUCAUAUUCCAUUCUUGAUUUGCAACGUCUUAUAGCCUUGCAAAUUGAAGAUCGAGGGAUUGUUGGAGACAAUUUAAGUGAGAAACAAGCAGCAGACUGGAUUUAUGGUCGUUUACAACUGAGGAUAUGGUUUAUUGUGCUGGAUGGUGUGCGGCAUGCAGAUGAGGAUUUCCUUACACGUCUCGGUAUUCCAACCAGCCAUCACAGGAAAUCUAAAGUUGUGAUUACAACAAGAAACAUGGAUGUUUGCAGUAAAUUGAAAGCAUUUGUUUAUAAGAUGGAAGCUUUAUCGUUCCACGACAGUUGGAAAUUCUUUUGUGCCUAUGCUUUCCACGAUACAGAAGAAAAUAGACCGCCAGAAGAUCUUGAGGAGCUAGCAGAAAGUAUUGUAGCCGAGUGUGGAGGUCUACCACUAGCUCUGAAAACAGUAGCAGCGUCUUUAUCUCGCACCAGAGAUCCAGUAGACUUGAGAUCGGUAUUGAGGCACUUGAAGCAAGCAGAUACUCAAAAAGAUAGGGUAAUGCAGGCUCUUAAAUUAAGCUAUGACUCCCUCUCCCCAAUCCAAAAGUCAUGUUUUACUUUUCUUUCUUUCUUUUCAGAGGGCAAGGUAAUAGAUGUUGAAGAUUUAAUAAGUCUGUGGAUAGGAGAGGGUUUGAUACCCCAAGUUGAAAACAAACGGGAUAAAGCAAGGGAAUGUUUAAAAGCUUUAGCUAAUUCAAGUCUGCUUGAAGUAUAUAAUACUUCCGAUUUUAGAUCAUAUUGCCAGAUGGAAAAAUCGCUGCUUAAUUUGGCCAAAUAUGUAUCAAGAAAAAGUAGGUGUGUGUUUUCCCUUGAGGAAUACACCGAGAGAGGUAGCGACUGUCGUCGGAUUUUACUGGGGAGUAAAGCCAUAGAUGGUCACGCCAUUGAAAACAGCAGUGUGGCUAAUGCAAAAUCUGUAAGCACAUUUUCAUUAUGCAACAAUAAUAUUUCUCUUAUUCCCAAUCAGUUGUUUGUCCGUAUGAAAGUUUUAAGGAUUCUUGACUUGAGCGGUACUGGCAUCUCCAUGUUACCUGAUUCCGUUGCAAACCUGAAGCUUCUCAGAGUCUUGAAUUUGUGUAGCACAAAAAUUGAGCAGGUUCCAAAUUGUAUUAGAAAAAUCACCAGUCUUCGCUUUCUUAACAUUGCUGAGUGCAAAAAAUUAACACGACUACCUGAAUGGAUAUGCCAACUCAAAUAUCUGGAACAUCUUAAUGUGGCGGGUUGUUCUGAUGAAUUGGCCAGUUACAUGCCGGCUGGGAUAUCAAAGCUCCUGUCAUUGCAGGUAUUUGCGUCAGAUUAUCUCAACUUCUCAAUUCAGGACAGUAAAUUGCUAAAACUAGAGCAUGUUGCCAGUCUGAUCAGGCUUGAAAAUCUGUGCAUAAACGUUAAUCAUAGAGAGGAACUAGAAGCUAUAGUGGAUGGAGUUCUUGCGCAGUUGGUGGAGUUGCGUUGUCUGAGAAUAGCUAAUGAGAUUCCACCAAUGUUAUUUGAGAAUGAACCGUAUCCUCCUCCAUUUCCUGUUUCAAUGGCAGCCAUGGAGAAUGUUGAAAAGCUUUUCCUCUGGAAUUUUGAUGUGCCAAGUUGGGUUUGCGGUUUCCAAAAGCUCAGGGUAAUCGAGAUAUGCGGCAAUUGUAGCAGCUAUCCAGAAUUGGAAACAAUGCCGUCCUUGGAAUGUCUGUUUUUGUUUCAUAACCAUAAGUGCACAGCGUUGCCACCUACAUUUGGAGAGUCCUCAGGGUUUCAAAAGCUCCGAUUCUUAGAAAUCUCAGAAUUUCCUCUCUUGGAGGAGCUCCCCGAGUUCGACGAUAGGACGAUGCCACGCCUUGAGAAAUUAAGUAUUAACAGUUGUACGAGUUUAAAGAAAGUUCCAGACGGCUUAGAGCAUUUGAAAAGGCUUAAGCGUAUUCAGGUUAGUGCAUCUCCAGUAAUAAGGAGCGCAUUAGAGGGAGGUGGGGUAUAUCGUACAAAAAUCAAAGCUAAUAAUCCGAAUGUGGUGAUCGACCUGUUGUAA